GAAGCUACAAGUGUUUGCUGGAAAUCCUUCCGAAGAUGGAGACUUUAACCGCGGGACAUAUGAUGAGCUUAGCUGCUCUACAGAGACAGGACCCUUACAUUAACAAGCUGCUAGACGUUACCGGUCAGGUAGCUCUUUACAACUUUAACUCCAAAGUGAACGAAUGGGAGAAAACUGAAAUCGAGGGAACUUUGUUUGUUUAUUCCAGGUCGGCCUCCCCUCAUCAUGGCUUCACCAUCAUGAAUCGAUUGAGCACAGAGAACCUUGUGGAGCCCAUUAAUAAAGAUCUGGAAUUCCAGCUGCAGGAUCCCUUCCUGCUCUACAGGAAUGGCAACUUGGGCAUCUAUAGUAUUUGGUUCUAUGAUAAGCAGGACUGUCAACGCAUCGCCCAGCUGAUGGUCAAGAUUGUGAAGCAAGAAGCGGACCACGCCCUGAGACAGAGUCCAGAGAGGGUAGAUCCAGGGAGAACCAAUGGAGUGGCAGAACCCAGACCAAUCGACAUCCUGGAGCUGCUCAGUAAAGCCAAGGAGGAGUACCAGAGGGCCCAGAGUGGAGAAACAGACGCGUCUGCAGAGUCCAACGUAAAAACAAGCAUUAGCAAAGCUCCAGAACCUGGACCCAACACACAUCCAGCUGAAAAGAGCUCUCAUACCAUGGUGAAGCAGAUCACUGUUGAGGAGCUCUUUGGUUCUCAGCUCCCUAAAGAAUCUUCUGCACAGAACGCCACUUCUUCCAGUGACCUCCCAAACACCUAUGUGCAGAAACAAUCAUAUCCCGCUGCUCCUCACCAAAGUCCGCUGCUCGCGCAGCAAUUCUCAACCCAUGAGGCUGCCUCCAGCCAGCAGCCUCACAGACACGGUUCAAUUCCUGCCCCUUACACACUUAAUCCCAGUCCUGUCUUCAAAUCUGUGGUUCCGAUGCCCGACCCACAGCCUCACUGCUCCGUCUCUCCUCUUCUGAUGGCUUCAGAGCAUCAAAAUACCCUCACUUCACCCACAGCAUCUUCAGCAGCCUUUCUAGGACAAGACAUGGUUAGCCCUCUGAAAGCAGCGGCAUCAUCUGUGAAUUCAGGAAUCCACAAACCCAUCCUUGCCCCCAGCUUCCUGCCAAGCACUCUGGUUCCUCCUCACAGCUUCCAGGAGCCCAAGAAGGAUGUCUUCUCUCAGCCUCCGAGUCUGAUCCCACCAAUCUCUGCUAUUCCUAUGAGCCCUGGUCAUGCUGUUCCUGGCUCAGAAACUUCAGUGCUACUGUCGCCUAGUGUUUUCCAACAGACUAUUAAUAAAACCACCACAGUCCCAGUGAUCCCUUCAGCUCCUCCGGAUCUAUCAUCUGCUUCAGGAAGAGCUGCAGACCCUCUGCAGGCCCCCUGCAGUAAAACACAGCUGCAGGAGACUUUGAUACACCUCAUAAAGAAUGACUCAGACUUCCUCAGUGCCAUUCAUGUCGCCUACCUGCAGAGCGUUUCCAAGGACUUCAGCAACAUGAAGCUGUAGUCCCACUUCAAGCAGAAAGCAUUUCAGAGCUAAAGCUUCUUUAUGGCUGCAGCUGAUUGUGGGAGAAAACAGAAUGGAGGAGAAAGGUUUGUGACGCUCUGCACGCAAGUUUUCCUCACCGCUGGUUUGUGUGCCGAGGAUUAUCACGGGAAAGGCUGCACUGGAAUCUCCUAUUGCCCUGAAUGUGUCCGUAAAGAACUGUGAGAAAAACAGAUGGGAGAAUGUUUCUCUAUACUUUCCAAAUAUGCUGAAUCUGGUUUCAACCAAUGGCCGCCUUUUUGAAGAAAUCCAAUGAAUUGGUGGACAGGAAGGAACAUGGCAAACAUUUGGUGGCACUAAAUACUUCAUGAAUUUUGGAGAGAUGGACAAAAAGCUGCAGGAUUAAGGUCCUUUUAUUGUUAAACCAUCAUCUUUGGGAUCCUGUGAAAAACAACACAAAACACUCACGCCUUUAAAAAGAAAUACGUUUAUUUUUAUUUGGGAAACCAGAAGGUGACACAGAAGCUUGUGUAUUUUUAGUUAAAUAUUUUCUAAUUUAUUUUCAAUUUUUGUGGCAUUUUAGGGUUUCUUUUCAAGCCUUUUCUGAUGAAUAACCACUUGGGGCUUAAAACCUAAAUCAGUCUGUGAGCUAUUUCUUUAUGUUACAGGUGGAAUAUAUUAGAAAUUUCUAAUCACACAAAGCCCCCAUAUUUGCGUCCAUUCUUUCCUCCAAAUGUUCCUGUAUCCUUUAUUUUUCACUCUUAAUGUUGCGUCUCCUCCACCAGCUGAGCUCACAGUACUUCAUCUCCAUGGAGGGACUUGUGCAAUACACACCAGCACUGUGGGAUACUUUAGGGCGGUACUACAGGAAGAAAUUUUUAUGAAUUUAAAUAUCUUGUGCAAAAUGAAAAAAAAAAUCAGGUUGGUGUAAAUUCUGGAUUCCUGUUUACAUUAAUCUAUUAAUAAUCAAAAUACUUAAAAAA